AUGUCCUCAUCUCCCUCCACUGCAACUUCACCAACGUCACUAGGCCGAUCAGCUCCGAGAUCCCGGAGCGGCUGCUGGACAUGCCGAACCAAGAAGGUCAAAUGCGACGAGAUACGUCCUUUUUGCCGACGAUGUCUACGUCUCAAGCUCAGCUGCGAUUAUGCACCCCGACUCCGCACCUUUCCUAAAGGGUCCCCAGCUGGAACGUUUGUCCACUCAAGCCUGAACUUUUCCCGCGUUGAGCCAACACUCCGUGGAGAUGUAUCAAACAAGCCUUUUUGUGGAAAUCCUCGGCCUGUAAGUGAGGAGAUAUCACCCUCAUUGAGCACGCCUUUCCAAUGGGGCACUUACGGGAUGGAGCUCGGCAGUGAAGAGAUUGAAGCGAUACAGUACUUCCGGGAGUCAUUUUCGCCGCUAUACAUCAUGAAGAAGCCAGAGUACUCUGCAUUUGCCAUUAUGCUACGCCUCGCUACACAUGAUCCUCUUGUACUACAUAUGAUACUUGCGAUUGGAGGCUGCGGUAUCGAUUACAGGCACCAGUGGCAUGAGAGACAGUAUGGUGUAUCGGCAGAUGGUGUCCCCUCAAAAUACCGAACACUUGGGCUGAAGCACUAUUCCGAGGCGUUGCGAGAACUACACACCAUAUUGGGUGACGACGAAACAGCCGAGUCAACCAAUCUUGAUUCACUGACAAGCGGGUUGGUCCUCAUGAUUAUGUAUGAACAACUCCAUGGCGAUGCCAGAUGCAAGGGACUUGCCAGUCAUCUAAACGGGGCAGCGCUUAUCUUCAAGCAUCAUUAUGCUGAUAUCCUACAACGCGCCAGAGAUACAAAUCAGUCAGUUCCUCUAAUGAGAACAACCCAAUCAGGAAGUCCUCGGCAUCUAUCCCAAUUUUGCGCUCGGCUGAUAACAAGAAUCUGCGGAAUGGACGCUACAGCGGCAUCUUUUGGACUCGGCGGACAGGUCACUAGGGUGCUCUGCAGGACCUUACCAGAAAGCGACGAUAAGAGCAGUUUGCCGAUGGGUCCAAUCAAGAGACUGUCCAGUCUGCACGCUUAUUCUGGACCGCUUUACCGUUUGGUCUGGGGUGACGACUACCCCGCAGUAGAGCUGGCGGAUGAUCUAGAGAAUCAGCGGGUCUUUGAACUGUUGGAGGCUAGUGUUCAGCUACGGUACCUUAUAUCCGAGAUGACGAGUCUAAAGCCAGUCGGUGGCUCAGGACUAGCUGAGGCUUUCACUAAGGUCGAGACCGCGAUUCAGCAGACUAGCGAGAGAUACGUGAACAUUCUUGCCUUUGCGUCACGGCUCACUUCAGCCACUGAUAACUCUCACUCUAUGGUCCCGACCAUACGCUGGGUAGUACCGAUAUACUACACCGAGGUCCUCGACUUUCUCCGCAUCGCCAGGACCAUACACCCUCCGCUAGAACUAUCACUUAAUGACGGCAGAACGAUCCGUAAAAUCAUGAAUCUAGCAUUCCAAGCUUACCAACACGGAGGAGACGCAGCCAUGGUUCGGAUUGCCCGUCCACUAUUCAUGGUGGCGUUAGAGACUGAUGAGGAGCUCCAUGUUUCAUGGAUUCUUGAGAGAUUUAAAGGCUUGGAACAGUUUGGGGAGCAUUUUGCGCGCGCGGGUGACUUUUUGGAGAGGGUUUCGAAGAUGAGGCCGGAAUUGAGAACGAGUAUCGACUUACGGACUGCGUUCUCGAAUCAGGCUACUUCGAUAUGCUUGUGUCUGAUGUAA